UAGCGCCACCUAUGAUCGAACUAUUUUUCCAUAGAAACGGUAUUAACUACCGGAUUAUAACAUUUAUGUAUUUUGGCGAAAAUUAUGGAUAUUCAAAGAAAAGUCAAUAUGGAGAUGAAGUUUGAAACACAACAUUGAAAUAUAUUUAAUCUACGAAGAUACAUACGUGAACUGUCAAUCGGACACCAUAUUAGUGUAUUAACUUCCUUUGAUGUGAUUGGGUUGUAAACAAAUGGCCGACAAAUAGAACGGAAAAAUGUCUUUGGCGGAAAAGAAAUACGACCUUGCUCUUUUUAAUACUUUGACGGACAAAAAGAUACGGAAUCAUCCAUGGUAUAAAGAACGGCUUAGAACAAAAUAUAUCAAAUCACUGUCACCAGGAGAAACAUCAAAAUGUCUUAUUGCAAAAGAUUGGAUGUUUUUAAAAGAUGGUUUAGAUGAUUAUCGAGAUGGCUUACCACCUCCAGCUAAUGGAGAAGAAGUUUUUAUUAAGGGAAAUAAAGGUCCUUCACCAUGUAUUAUUGGUAGCAGUGAAAGUAUAGAACCUGUAAAACGCCCUGUUGUUAAAAACCGUUUCGAUAAAUACCAAGUUUGUUUUUCACGUAUCACACCACAACAACAACAGAAACGAGAACAUAUUGAAGAAAUAGAAUAUGGUUUAUUACAACAUCCACUUGCAUUAUAUCCUCAUUUAGAAGAAAGUGUUCCUACAGAAUUAUUUGAAGAUGUGGUGGAUAUUUUGGAUCCAGAGAUGAAUAUUGAAUCAGAUGAAGAAGAUUCUAUAAAAGGUGAUUUAGGGAAAGAGAGAGAUGGAGAUACUCGAACUAAAUCUACAGAACCACCCAGUAGCGUCAGGAAUGAUGCAGAUGAAGAAGAUGGUAUGAGAAAUCCAUACAGAUGGCUUCCAAGGAAAGAAGAGAAAAAAGAUAACAAGAAAAAGAAUGAAAGACGUCCUAGCUCUCCAUCACAGGAGGAACAUAUAAACCGAGUAACUAAAGAUUUCUGUAAAUGGGUAGCAGAUCUUGGUGGUGAAAGUAAUAAUAUAGAAGAAUCUACUAUAACUAGUCUAUUUGCCAGUGGCUAUGAGACCAAGCCAGCGUUAUCUGUUCCUAUACAUGUAGUAGAAUUAACAAAUGUUCCACCAGAACUCCGAAUGUCAGCACCGGUACCAGCACAAGUACAAAUCACUAAAAAUCUACCAGCAGAAGAAGAAAAACAAAAACCAUGGAAAUACUCCGGUGCUUAUGAACCAAGUUGGGCAAAGUUCCGAUAUGGUUCUUGGUAUUUACAACCUAAAACCUGGAAAAAAAGAGAUUGGGAAGAUCCAUUGAUGGACCCAAAGGAACUGAAAAAUCAAGAAAUGUCAGAAGCUAAGAAAAAGAGUCAAGAUUUGAAUGAAGAUUUAUCUACCAUGCAUGGUGCACAGGCCUUUAUGGAUUUUAUAAAUAGAAAAGGAACGAGAAAAAUUGAGUUUUUGGAACAAGUAUCAGAAAUUCAACUAAGACAGAAAGCCGAUGAACAGCGCCGAGUUGAAGCAGAAAUACUUUCUAAAAAUAAAAGACAUCAUGUUCGAAAAUAAAUCAAAUCUGAAAUAUAAUUAUUCAAAAUUCACCUAGUCUACCAUUUGUCCGAGAUUUCAUUCACUUGUAAACAGUUAUAUUUUCUGCAGCAUUAAAACCGCACCAGAAUUAAAUUUCCACCUGCAACUAUUACUAACGAGUGUUUUCCAUAGUUUUUGUUUGAAAGGCAAUGAUAUGAAGGAGUAAAAUAUACAAUUCUGGACACAUGUAAUUAUUAUUAACAGUAUUUGAGUGCAGCUUGCUACUCUUACAUACGCCCUUCCAGAAAAAUUGGUAGGUCACAAUUUCGAGGAUGUUUGACACAUAAAGUUUUGUUAAUUACAUACGAUUCCCUUUCAUCAUCGAGAUUAACACAGAAAUUGAUUAAUUAUACAUUAGAGCUCUAACGUCACGAUAUUGCUAUUUGGAAAAAAAUGUCAUUAAUCACAUGUAUUUGGGCUCUAAUUUCAACAUAUUGCCUACUGGACAAUCUUCACUUACUUUUUUAACCACAGAUUUACCAGAAAUAUUUGUAUUACUCUUUUUAAGUGUAAGGAAUUUAUUUUAAUUGUUUUCACACGAAAAACUUUGGAAUCGUGUUUAUGCUCUCAAAACACAUUAUUAUUUCAUAGUUUCUUGCCAGCCAUUCCAAUUUUGAUGUGUACAUUACUCUGGAUCAAAAUGUGCAUACAGAUACACUCAUAAACCUGAUGUAUUGUCUAGUAUCAUAUUGACCAAUGUCAAUUUAGUAAAAUAUUUAAUAAAAUAAACUUAUAUCAAAUCCAAUUAUUUUAUAACAAAAUUUUAACUCACUAUCACUACUAUUUGUUUUUUAAGUUAUUUUAUUUUGUAAAAAAAACCAACAUAUGUUUUUAUAUGAGCUAACAAACCCACAUAUUUUGACAAUAAUACAGUAUGUUGAUUUCUUGAAGCAGAUAUAUUUAUUGUUUUCUCUAGAUUUUGUUAUUUGUCUGUGAUAUAUUGACUUAUUGUACAUAUAUAUUAAUACUAAAAU